AUGAGGUCACUCAACAAGGUUGGAGAGCUGAGAGGGCACGAGUCAAGCCCAGUGGAUGAAACGUUGUUAGCGACUUGCUCCGAAGACAACACGUGCCGAGUGUGGGAUAUCGCGCAUUGUGAACAGCUGAAGAUCCUGCGCGGGCAUGCAGAAGCGAUUUAUGCUGUGUCAUGGUCCCCCGAUGGAAGGUGGACGCUAUCUCUGUUAGUUGUGAUGGAGCUGUCUGUGUUGACAGCUGGAUCGGAUGGAGAGAUCAAAAUUUGGGAUUGGAGGAAAGGAAAGGAGAUCAAAUCCUUGAAGCCGAAAGGGGACGUGUUUGCUGCCUCCUAUGUGGACAACGGCAACAUCGUGAGUGCUGCUGACAACGUUGUGUCCUUGUGGGACCUGGAGGCUGGGUGCAUCAUCAAGGAACGAACGAUCAACGCUGAGACAGACUACGUCUUUGGGGGUGAGAGCAGGAACCCUGACAAGAUCCCAUGGGUCUUCUGCCUAGAGCGCGAUAUGCAGAGGAAAGGCUUUGUGCUCGGGGUGAGCGACGCGACUAUCCGAUACCUAGAUCAUGAUUUGGAGGACGACGGGAGCGAACUGCUAUCAGGGUCAGGAGACCACCUCACAGGCGUCUGGGAUCUUCGACAGCUUCAAGCGAGGAUUGUUCUGAGGGGAACUCAGUACAUGACUGCUGUUACUGGCCGGGUCGGAACAGAGGCUGGGGCCAUUCUUGGCGUGUUCACGUAUGAAGCAGGUUCGAACAACAUCUGCAGCGUCUCCAUGGACAAGACCAUGAAGAUUUGGAACGGGGAUGAUGGAAGCUGUUUGCACACGGACGGCCCUGGAGCCACGGCCAAGUUGUGCAUAGCUCCUUGCAAAGGGCUUCAGGGCGUCGUGAGUCGAGCGCAGAGGAGGAGCAUGGAGCCGGAAGUGGAGGGGAAUGGAGAGAAGGGGGAGGAGGAGGGAGAGGAAGAAAUAGAUGAGUCCCUCCAAGGGAUGCUAGACGAGCUGGAGGAGAAGGAGGUUCUGCUGCAGGCCAUGAAGCUGGAAGAGGAGGAUAUUGAGGACCUCUCGCUGAAAGAAAGAUUGAACAUGAGCAAGUCAAUGCGAGGGAUGGCAGACAGUGUUAAGGGUCAUGCAGGGUGGGGCAGAAGGAACAUCUGA